UUUCUCGACGUGAUAAAUAUGAAAGACCCCACGCAGAAGUCACAUUUCUACAGAAUCGGUCUCAAAGACGCACUACCGUUCAUUCCGAAGAAAAUGUGGUAUCAAACCGUGUGGCCUUGUUUGCAACAGGAAAUGAGAACUCAAGAGGUGUUGGCGGCCGUGCUACAAUCGGUUUUGUAUUUCGUACAGGAAGCUACUGUCGAAGAAUACGAGUCCAUCAUUCUUCCGUCCUUAAGAAAUGUAUUUUCGGCACCAAAAACGGUACAGGCAACCGUGACGAUACUCGAAAACUUGCAUAUAAUUUUAGAAAAAACCCCCAGAGACGAUAUUCAGACGGAAAUACUACCAAUGCUCUACAAUGCAUUUGAAAGCACAACAAUACAAGUUCAGAGUGCGGCGUUGGUAGCAGUGACAAGCGUUUCGAACUACCUGGACGACAACUCAAUACGACGAAUGAUUCUUCAAAAGACCAAAGGAAUAUACGAGAAGAAUCAGGGCGAUUCGAAAUUGGUGUUGAACGUGCUUAGUUGUGUCGAACAAAUCUUGGACCGGCUGGAUAAGACGCAGAUCAUCGACGAAGUGCUUCCUCUACUAUACGACAUCCGGCUCUCUGAUCCCCAGAUCACUCUGAGGAUCGUAAAUAUCUACCGACUGAUGCUGACUGACAAACGCUACGGUCUCUCGGUGAACCUAAUGGCCACCAAAGUGAUGCCUUCGCUUCUCCCCCAAACGGUAAACCCCUCCCUCAAUUUGGAGCAAUUCACGAUACUGAUCGAGGUGCUGCAGGACAUGCUCGACCAGAUCGAUCGCAAUCAAAGGAACAAGCUCAAACUGGACAACCUUUCACUGCCGAGUCCUGAACGCCACAGGCCGCUUAGACACCAAUAUAGCUCGGAUAAUAUGCACGUGCCGCCAUUUAAUAUACCGAAUUUGAGGAUCGAACAGAGGAAGACGUCGAGCGCCGAAGAUAUGGCUCGAAAGAAUUCGACGGGUACGCGCGGAAUGUUAGGAAGCUGGUGGUUCGGCGGGUCACCUUCUUCGCCGGACAGUAAUUUCCUGAGAGUAGUAAACGCGUUCCCCAACCGAAGACUAUCCGAUAACACGUUGAUGACACCGAAAAUACGGGUGGCUCCAUCGUGCGCUUCCUCGCCGGGAGGCACCCCAGGAGGCGGCCUGCCCAUCAGGAGGCAUUCUAGUAUCGGUCCGCAGGAGAGGCGGGGAUCCACCGUCAAUCUGUCGCCCCCUACGGAUAAAAUAAUGAGAGAAUUAAAAUUUGAAACAAGAGAUACUGUUUCCAAUAGAUUAAAAACAGAAGAAGAAAUAAUUAAAGAAGAAAUGAAAUCCUUGGAAAUAUUAGAACAAGAAAGAAUUAAAAGAAUAAAUUACCAAAAUACUGAGGAUACAUCUAAACUGAAGCAUAGAACAUCCCUGGUUGAAGGCAAUCUGGCGAGGUUCAUGUUGGGUUUAACUGCCGCCCUAGUGAACAACUGGAAGCAAAGAUCGCUAAGAUUUUGCGAUUCUCUAUUGCCUCCAUAA